CGAAAACAAAACAUUGGUAUUUACGUUCUCCUGUUCUCAGUACAUUAUUUUGAAGAGAAACAUGGAGCCAAUAGCAUUAAAUGAGAAGGUCCUGCAGGAUGCCGUGAAGAAUGAAGUCAUCCAAAUUGAACAGGCUCUGGGCAAUUUCCAAGUCAUUGUCUCAGAAGAAGUUUUUAUUUCAUGCUGUGAAAGAAGAAGUGACAUUCUUCAUUUAGGCCUGGCAAACAAAAACAUCCAGAAGAUUGUCCUUUUGCAGGAUUUUACAUCUCUGGUGAGGCUUGAUCUGAGCAACAACAUUAUAGAGAAGAUUGAAGGCCUGGAAGGUCUGACUAAUCUGACCUGGUUCAAUCUGUCAUUCAACAAGAUUACAAAGAUCGAGGGCCUGGAUGCUCUGCAAAAGCUUGAGGUGCUGAAUUUGUCCUUCAACCAAAUCUCUGUCUUUGAGAAUAUGGACACUCUAGAAAACCUGAGACUCCUCUUUGUUGGAAACAACAACAUCAAAAAGCUGGACAAUGUGCUCUAUCUCUCGAGGUUUAAGAAGCUCUUCAAACUCAACAUGACUGGAAAUCCUGUCUCUAACGAGGGAGAUUACACAUCUUUUAUUAUUGCCUGCUUGCCUAGCCUGACCCUCCUAGACAACAUUUUAAUAAACUCUGAGAUAAGAGAAGAAGCAUUCAUCAAGUAUCAUUUUCUCCUUGAGGAAAUUAAACCUGAAGAGCUGCAAAAGCUACAAACAAAUGAAGCUCAGCAAAAGCUGGAAGCUGAGUUCAAACUUCACCAUGACGCCUUUGUGGAGGACAUCUAUGGGUCCAGUCUGUUUAACAGCAUGUUUCAGGAUGAUCCAGAAGCAGUGAAACCACAGUUCCUUCCAGGAGUGGCUCCUCUGUUUCAAACUUUUGAGGACCAAGCGGUGGAGUUGUGUAGGUGUUUCUUUGACUUUGGUUUGGAGGAGCACAAACGAAGAGAGGCAGAGCUGAACGCUUUCUUCACUGGUCAGAAAGAGGCUGAGGCGUAUUACAGGCAGAAGGCAUUGAAGAUACUUGCAGAGUUUGAUCAGGAGCACAGAGAGAAGAUUGCAGAGUUUCAGAAUGUAACAGACCCAACACUAAUUGAAGUCAAGAUCAACAGCUGCAACGAUGCAAUCACCCAGCUGCAGAAAGACCUCCUGACAGUAGAGUUUGAGCUGGUCAACAAUCUUGAGGACAACAUCACUAAGCUUGACAACUCUAUCUCAGACAUGGCUAGCCACUUUAUGGAAACUGCACUGAAGACAUUUAAUCAGCUGCGAGAUCUGGAGGAUCAAUAUUAUCAGAAGGUGCAAGAAAUUAUUGUUGAACCUCAGGAGAUUGUGGCCAAACCAAAUGUGAAGGAGGACAUACCAGAAGAUAGGAGAUCAAGCACUCUGUUCCCUGACACAGAUGCAUUGAUGAAAGCCUUGAACACUAGCCAUGAAAACCACCUGCAGAUGAUCAAUGACAGGGAGAUCCACUUGAAUACACAAGUUAGUGCUUGGAAGGUGGCCCUUUUUAAAGAGAUCCAGGAAAAAGAUGUUCAGUGGAACCACAUACGCACCUCAAGCAUCCACAGAUAUGGGCACUAUUUGAGGAAGCAGCUGAAGAUUUAUUAUAGGUUACGUUAA